AUGGUGAUCCCAUUUCUGGAAAACCAAACAAUAAUAGUGGAAUUUGUGCUUCGAGGAUUCUCUUCCAUCUGGCAACUAAAUAUUCCCAUCUUUAUGAUAUUUUUAAUUUUCUACAUUUUAACUAUUUCUGGAAACAUCCUCAUUGUCCUCCUAGUUUUGUUCAAUCAUCACCUUCAUAUUCCCAUGUAUUUUUUCCUGGUGAACCUGUCCUUUUUAGAGAUCUGUUAUACCUCCAACGUCGUCCCCAAGAUGCUGCUGAUUAUCAUAGCAGAGCCUAAGACUAUCUCUGUGGUUGGCUGUCUGACACAGUUCUACUUCUUUGGAUCCCUGGCUGCAACAGAGUGCCUCUUGCUCGCCGUGAUGUCCUACGAUCGCUACCUGGCCAUCUGCCGACCUCUGCUCUACCCCAUGCUCAUGACUGGCUCCCUUUGCAUCAGGUUGGCUGCCAGCUCUUGGCUGUGCUCCUUCCUCCUCACAGCAAUCACCCUGUUCCUGAUGUGUAGACUAACAUUCUGUGGGCCCAGUGAGAUCAAUCACUUCUUUUGUGACUUCACUCCUCUGAUCCACCUCUCCUGCAUGGACACCUCACUCACAGAGACCAUUGCCUUUGCCACCUCUUCUGCAGUGACGCUCGUCCCGUUUCUCCUCAUCACUGCCUCCUACUCCUGCAUCCUUGCUGCUAUCCUAAGAAUUCCAUCUGCCACAGGCCGGAGAAAGGCUUUCUCCACCUGCUCCUCUCACCUCACUGUGGUCACAGUGUUUUAUGGAACACUGAUUGCUACGUACCUCGUACCCUCAGCCAGUUCUUCCCAGCUCCUACGCAAAGGAUUCUCCCUGCUCUACACAAUCCUGACACCCAUGUUCAACCCCAUUAUCUACAGUCUGAGAAACAAAGACAUUCACGAAGCUCUGAAGAAGUGCUUGAGUAAGAAGUCAGGUCUCCUCACAUGA